AUGGAUCCUAUUGCGGUUUUACAAAAUAGAAUUGAGCAGUUAGAAGCCAAACUGGGAUUGGCUUCAAAUUCUUUGAUAGAGGGCCAACAUCAACAGGGUGAUACAGUGACUGCCAAUUUGCUUAACACUGCUCAAGCAAUCAAUAAUGCAGCUGCUGGCCACGAAAAACUUUUGCAAGCAAGAAACAUGGCGAAUGAAUUAAAUAACUACACUGAUCCAAAUUUUGUUGAAAAUAUGCAGCAAAAUAACAUAAACUUGCAUGAAGUGGCAGCAGCCGAGCCUGUAAUAAAACAUCAUUGCCAUUGUAUGCAUAGAUGUAAACAGGCUGCUCCUGUGUUGGAGUCUGAAGCACUGCAGCAGGUUCCACAAUUGCAGGAAGCUGUGGAUAAUAUGAAUGCUGCAGCAGCAGAAGUCAAAGCUGAGGCUGAUGUUGUAUCCCAAGGCAUUCAUGAGUUGGCCGAAACAUGUGGAGCUGCUGCCUCAAAUGCUUCAGAGCACUUAGCUAAUGUUGCGCAGAAUGUUGAACAAGUAGAACAGAAAAUGUUACCAAAAAGACGAAAUGGUUUAGAUUAA